AUGGUGAAGGCGCAGCGCUGCAACAGCUUGCUCACGCCGCUCAGAGGUAGUUCUGGACCGCCUGGGCCCACUGGCCAACGCGGAGUGCAGGGAAUGAGAGGACCCAACGGACUGCGUGGACCUCACGGUAAUCCUGGCGUGCCCGGUCCACCAGGCUUGAUGGGACUCACCGGUGACCCGGGCAUGGAGGCCCCGAGGGGCCCCCCAGGAAAGAAGGGCUACCCAGGACCCAUGGGUCCAAAGGGCCCUCCGGGACAAGAAGGGCCAAAGGGUCAGGAGGGCUGGCAGGGAUCUCCGGGCCCACCUGGUGAGACGGGCCCACGCGGAUCUGACGGGAAUCCUGGAGCAAAAGGAUACCCUGGCAGGCAGGGUUUGCCUGGUCCUGUCGGCCGCUCUGGUCCUAAAGGCGCUGCGGGAUUCGUAGGAAUUCCCGGCAUAAUGGGAUUGCCCGGACUGGAUGGUGACACAGGCAUUCUGGGACUUCCAGGGAAGAUCGGCGACUUGGGACGUGUGGGAUUCGUAGGUGAGCCUGGAGAGAGGGGACUGCCAGGUUUGGAUGGGAACCCGGGUGCACUUGGAGCUCCUGGACCAAUGGGAGUGAGAGGGCUGGCGGGAGACCAAGGCUGUCCGGGCUCUCGGGGAAUUCCCGGGAUUCGAGGAUAUAAGGGCUUGUCCGGAAGCAGAGGGGAGGCUGGAUUGAAAGGUGAUAAGGGACCGGAAGGCGUCCCCGGUGAAAAUGGAAAACCCGGAUUCCCAGGGGACAAGGGAUAUCAGGGCAUUCCUGGCCUACAAGGACCACGUGGCAACGUUGGGCUCGCUGGCAUCGACGGAGACAAAGGCCUCGAGGGCCCAGCAGGACAUCAGGGACCCGAGGGUUUCCCUGGAGACAUCGGACUCCCUGGACCCAAUGGUCCCGAAGGACCGAUGGGACUUCCUGGGGCAAGGGGCUUUCAGGGACCGCUCGGAGGUCAGGGUCAAGAGGGUGACCAAGGACCCACGGGGCCACCUGGCAAGGCCGGCUUGACGGGCCUCCGCGGGAGAAAGGGAAUGUCUGGCGCGAGCGGACUGCACGGACCAAAGGGGGAGCAGGGUGACACAGGGUUGGUGGGAUCCGGUGGAGACCCGGGCCCAUUGGGAAAUCUUGGACGCAUGGGGAGAAUGGGUCAAGUUGGACAGAAGGGAGCCCGAGGGCUCACGGGGUCGCCAGGUCCACCUGGAGAGAAGGGAGUUCCGGGUCACUUUGGACCAAUCGGCGAUCCGGGAUCUCUGGGACGUCAAGGAAUUCCCGGCCUGCAGGGAGAUAGAGGCCCUCCAGGGAUGUCGGGAAUUAAAGGCAAGAGGGGAGCCAGGGGUGACGAUGGGCUUCAAGGAGACGCCGGGUCUCAAGGCAUCAAGGGUCCGCCGGGUGACGUUGGGAUUCUUGGAGGACCUGGAGACAUCGGCAUGAUGGGAGAAGUCGGCGACAAGGGGGAGCAAGGAUUUCUCCAGGGUCUCCCAGGGCCUCCAGGUCCCCCUGGGGCGAAAGGGACCCCAGGAAUGCCGGGUCACCGCGGUCCCACGGGGGAGGUCGGAGCGCCGGGCGACGUGGGGCCAACGGGAUUGCAAGGAGUCCUAGGCGACAGAGGGACCCCUGGCGACAAAGGAGACAAGGGAUACACCGGAGGUCCGGGCGUUCCAGGCGAGGCAGGGCUGAUGGGACUACGGGGAGAAGUUGGCUCCGGUGGCGAGGAGGGAUCGGGCGGAAACGACGGACUCAAGGGAGACAAGGGUGACCCGGGUCCGGACGGGGAGAGUGGAGAGAGGGCGGAGAUCGGGUCAAAGGGCAGCGACGGGCCAGUGGUGACUCGGGCAUCGUGGGCGUCAGGCGUCAAAUGA